AUGUACCGUUUCAUGAACGUCAGUGGCCAGGGCCAGACUGAAAGGUCAGAGAAUUACCACAGGUUCCAGGGACAGACCAUCGUGGUGGACCUCGCGGAUGUCAACGGCGAGACCGAGGAUUUCCCCGGCCGCCACUGGCUCGAGGGCAUCACGAGGGACAACAAGCCCGUCGGGUGGGACCUGGAGUGGCAGCCAGACCGGACGAAGGAGACGGACAACCCCAUAGCGCUGAUGCAGUUCGCUGAUGACAAAGUCGCACUGCUGCUGCGCACCCAUAGGACUAGGAAUUGGCUCCCCGUGUCGGUUAUGCGGACCCUGUUGAGCGAGAGUUGCAAGAAGGUGCAAGUCGGAUGGGACGGCCCCGACCGACAGAAGAUGCAGAGUACCUUCAACUUUCUGCCUCUGGGCAUCCUCGACAUGUCGGAGCUCGCGAAGGUGAAGGGCGUCGCGGCGCAAGGCUUGAAGUCCCUGUCAGAACAUUUCGGCAUGAAGAUGAAGAAGGAUUCCAGAAUUGCGCGGUCCAACUGGGCGGACAAGGAGCUUACCGAACAGCAGAGAUGCAUACGCGGCCGAGGACGCGUACUUCUCCUUCGUGGUGUACCAGAAGCUGAGCGUCCUGCCAGACGCCCCGCUCGACAGAGACCCGGACCUGUUCAAGAAGGUCGUCAACCAAGGCGUGCUGGAGCUGCAGCCCGGCUGGGAGGAGCAAGGCGCCGGGAGCCCACAACAACACCGACGUCCUCGCGCCGCGGAGGAAGCACGACGUCGGACGCCUGGGGAGGUGGGUGUGCCCGGCUCCGCACUCCCUGA